UUAAAUAUUUAUUAAGAUGAUUUUAAAAGUGCUAUUAUUUUUAUUAUGUACGAAAUGUAUACUGUCGGAAGUGUUUACAAUUGGAGGUAUCUUUUACUCAGACUCAGAAGAACUGAAGGCGGCAUUAUCUGUAAGCGCCAAACUAUACAACUUCGAAAUAUCGAUUAAGGAAAUCGCAAGAAAUGGUACGAUACUCGAACUCAAUCGUCAUGUAUGCGAACUAGCUGAGGAGAGUGUGAUAGGUAUAAUAGAUGGUACAGGAGGUCAGUCUACUGAAUUCAUUCAAGCUCUAUGCGAUAUACUAGAACUGCCACACGUCACUAUAAAACAUAAUAAUAUUAAAGAAAACUCUUAUAUACUAAAUUUGCAUCCCAGUUCAAUGGCAUAUGAUAUGGUAAUGAAGAAAUUGGUAGCCCGUAAAGAAUGGGAAGAAUUUACAAUACUUUAUUUGAAAGGCUACAGUCUAAUUCGCACAAACAGUUUGCUCCAAUUAAAUACACAUAAUGAUAGAUAUGUCGUAACUCUAAGAGAAUUAAAUGGGAAUGAUUACAGAGACGUUCUUAUCAGUGCCAAAGAGAGUGGAUACGUGAAUUUUGUAGUAGAUUGUCCUCAAGAAAAUGUUCCUAUAAUUUUACAACACGCCCAAGAAGUUGGUUUGUUAGCUGAUGAGCAUUCAUACAUAUUUGUGUCUCCAGAUUUAUUCACAUUAGAUUUGGAACGAUAUAGAUAUGGAGGAGUUAAUAUGACCGGGCUUAGAUUAGCAGACUUCGAAGAAAAUGAGGAUUUAUGGAAUUUCGCAUUCAACUUUAAUAAGGAAUUCGUCUACGCUCAUGAAGCAGAUCAACUAACAAGUGAAAUAUUGUUAAUACAUGACGCUGUUCUUAUAUUUUCUAAAGCAACUGAGAAAAUGAAAUACGGGCUCAAGAGACCUGAAGGUCUUAGUUGUGAAAACGGCACUUCUUGGAAUCAUGGAUCUUCACUGCUAAAUUUUAUGAAAACUAACAAGGUAGAAGGCUUUACACGAACAUUGACUUUCAAUGGCCAUGGUGACAGACACAAUGUUAUAUUUGAUGUAUUGGAAUUAACACCUGCUGGAAACAUAACGAUCGGUACAUGGAAUAACAAUAAUCUCACAAUUUCUAGGCCAAUUUUAGCGGGAUCAGAUAUUGUUGAAGAGACAAUAAUGAAGAAUAGAACUUUUAAAGUAUUGAUUGCGACGUCAGCUCCUUACGGAUACGUGAAGGAAUCAUCUGACCAAUUGGAGGGAAAUGAUCGAUAUGAAGGCUUUACUAUAGAUCUAAUAGAGAAGUUAUCCGAAAUAUUAGGAUUUAGCUAUGAAUUUGAAGUAGAACUUGAGUACGGUACAAAAGAUCCUCAAACACAAAAGUGGAAUGGAAUGAUCUAUCAACUGAUGGAAGAUAAAGCCGACUUCGCAAUAUGUGAUUUCACGAUAACGUCUCUAAGACAAAGUGCAAUAGACUUCUCUACGCCAUUCAUGUCACUGGGUAUAGGGAUUUUGUACAAAACUCCCAGUAAACAGCCACCCGAAAUGUUUUCUUUCAUGGCAGUAUUUUCCAAAGAAGUAUGGUACUAUAUGGUGUUAGUGCAACUUGGUCUUGGAGUAAUCAUGAUAUUUGUCGGACGUAUUUCGUACAAAGAAUGGCAGAAUCCUGUCCCAUGUAUAGAACAACCUGAAGAACUGACCAAUCAGUUUAGCUUUGCUAAUUCUGUUUGGCUUAUUAUUGGUUCAGUUAUGCAACAGGGAUCUGAAAUUGCUCCGAUAGCUUUAGCUCCACGUAUGAUUACAAGUGUGUGGUGGUUUUUUACUAUGGUCAUUGUCGCUUCGUAUGUGGGAACCCUAGUGGCUUUUCUUACGGUUGAAAAAAACGUUUUACCUUUUGAAACUUUGGAAGAACUUUACAAGCAAAAAUCAAUUUCAUACGGAGCCAAGAGAAAAGGAUCAACUUUAGGUUUCUUCCAGCAUUCACCAAAUCCCAUACUAGCGGGUAUGUACAAAAAGAUGGUUGAUAAUCAUUGGCUGGUAGCUACUAAUGAUAUCGGUGUGGCAAAAUGUGAAAAUGAAACUUAUGCAUUUUUUAUGGAAUCUACAUCGUUAGAGUACUACAAAGAAAGACAUUGCGAUUUACUUCAAGUAGGUGACUCGUUUGAUUCGAAAAGUUAUGGUAUUGGAAUGAAAAAAGGUUCACCUUACAAGAAAUACAUUGACUAUGGUUUACUAAAAUUAAAAGAAUCAGGAGAAAUACAGAAAUUGAAAAAUAUAUGGUGGAAGGAGAAACGCGGUGGAGGAAAAUGUGGGAUAAAACGGGAUGAAGAACAAAAGCAACUCGGCUUGAAAAAUAUGUUAGGCGCCUUUGUUGUACUGGGUGUUGGCUGUUUAAUUGGACUUUUUAUAUCUAUUAUUGAUAUGCUCUGGGGCGUAUUUAAGCGCACAGUUAAAUAUAAUACAACGUUCAAAUUUGAGCUGAUAGAAGAGUUGAAGUUCGCAUUAAAAUUCAGUGGUGACAUCAAACCUGUGAAACGUCACCAGAAGGCACAGGGCAGUUCUGAUUCUUUAGCGGAGGCUGAAGCCAAGGAUGAAAUCAAAUCAUUACGCUCUAUUAAAUCUGGCAGAUCUACGGACACUAAUAGGACACAUCGCUCGCAUAGUUCCAAACAUUCUGGUCUUAGUAUGGCUUUCGCUAAACGACGUGAAUACAGCUGAUUUUUUAAAGGAGAAAGGGACAAAGAAGCAGCGUGUCGCAAAAUAUUAAAAGUCCCCAACAACACCAGAGGAAUUGCUGAUGAGUAGGCGAGGUGCGCUUUAUUCUUGAUUUCUUGUAAAAAAAAACAGACAAAUAUUUGAUGUCACUUGUUCAGUACAUAA